GUCUCCCUACCGGGCCCCGGCCGGCUGCGUCCCUGCCCGGCCUCCCUCGGACUUCCUGGGUCGCCCGCCGCCGCGGGACCCGAGCGGCCGCUGCCCCGGCUCCAGCCCCCGCAGCCCGGGGAGCCCCGGCGCCCGGGGAGGGAACAGCGGGCGAGCGCGCCCUCGCCCAGCCCUGCGCCCAGCCCUGCCGGCGAGGAAGGACCGGGAAGAUGAACAACGGCGGCAAAGCCGAGAAGGAGAACAGCCCGAGCGAGGCCAACCUUCAGGAGGAAGAGGUCCGGACCCUGUUUGUCAGCGGUCUGCCUCUGGACAUCAAACCUCGGGAGCUCUAUCUGCUUUUCAGACCAUUUAAGGGCUACGAAGGCUCUCUUAUAAAGCUCACAUCUAAGCAGCCUGUAGGUUUUGUCAGUUUUGACAGUCGCUCGGAAGCAGAAGCUGCAAAGAAUGCUCUGAAUGGCAUCCGCUUCGAUCCUGAAAUUCCGCAAACACUACGACUAGAGUUUGCUAAGGCAAACACGAAGAUGGCCAAGAACAAGCUAGUAGGAACUCCAAACCCAAGUACUGCUCUGCCCAACACUGUACCUCAGUUCAUCACCAGGGAGCCAUAUGAGCUCACAGUGCCUGCACUUUACCCCAGUGGCCCUGAAGUGUGGGCCCCGUACCCUCUGUACCCAGCGGAGCUAGCGCCUGCCCUACCUCCUCCUGCUGCUUUCACCUACCCCGCCUCACUGCAUGCCCAGAUCCACCUUCAGGAGAUUACUGAUCCCCUCUAAAUCAAGCUGACACCCCUCCAGGACGCGAGGACCGUCUGACAGCAAUGAUAUCACCCACUGCCUGAUGUCCGCCCCAACGACACCUCUCUCUUCCUUAAUGAUCUCACCCUCGAAUCUCACACGAGAGACCAGCCCGGUUGCCUCCCCAGCUCCCAGCCGGCUAGCGGGCAUCGCCAGGGCGCGCUGGUGGUGUGGGAGGGCUGCCGAGGGGGGCUUGCCCUCACCAGGAGGUGUGUGUCUGUAUGUGUCUGUGUGCUGAGAGCGCUCUGUUCUCACGUGCCGUGAGGUCUGGUGACUAACGGGGAAAGCUGGAAGCUUCAGGAGGAGGCUGGUGGGCUGUCUCACGUAUCUUUCCGAAAGGACGAGAGGUCCCUUUUUUCUAUUUAUAGGGAAUAGUGUCUAGAAUGUAAUUACAGGCCAAGGUGGAGGUCUUUGUUCUGACUGCUUUGCUAAGAACAGCCUGAGUGUUAUAGACAAACGUGCCGCUUCUCCGCGGGUGACCGUCCACAGGCCACCCCUUCUUCUCCCGGUGGAAAGACCAGUCUCUCUUCGGUUUGCUUUCAGAGCAAGUGCUGGUGAUCAGGGUGAGGAACUCUGAGUGCAGAUCUGUAGCAAAUGGGGGAGAAGGAGCAUAGAUUCAUUUGUCUCACUGCGUGUGUAAUGCCUCCGAAAGCCAGGAAAGCCUGGUUUUUAAAAAAAACUCAACCUGGACUUUUUUGUUUGUUUUCCCCAGUGAUUAUUUACAAAGCUGGGUGAAGUAAACAGCUUCCCAGAAAACUCUUCCUUGUACUUAAAACUCUUUCACAUUGUGCAGAACUCACUGUGUGUUAUGAGAACCUGCAGGCCGCCCCCCGGGGAGGGUUCUCGCAGGCCACGGGGUCGGGAGUGUGGCUGACCGGACACCGGUUCUCUCAGCUGAGUUACCUGUGCUUCAUGCGUGCACAGAGGACCCCGCUCCCCAGACUCUGCAGGCAAGCUGCAAAGGGAAGGCCGCACUGCCUGGGCCCCAGCACUGGACACCCUCUGUGGGAGGAGGAGGUAGAAAGUAGUGCAAGUUGUAAAGAAAGGUGUAGGUGGCAGUGGUGAGAGUACUCCACCGGGAACAUGACCGAAAUCGCAGGGUGGUCCUGAGACUGGCCGCCCAGUUUCAGGACAGGCAGUGCGCUCUGCUUUUCUCUCCUGUUGCAUUUCCCACCUCGGUCCCACAGUGCGUGGUGCCCCUCAAUGGCAGGGCACAGUGAUAGAUCACAGACCUGUGGGCCCCUGCUGGGUCAGCAGCGUGGCCGUAGUGGCCUUGGGGUCACUGUAGAUGAUGAGGAGCGACUCAGAGCCCCCUCUGCCUGUGGGCCCUCCCCGGCCCUCUGCGGAUAUGCCUCCUCUCCCUGAUCCUAAAUACGGAUCAACUGAUGACUGGGCAGAUAUUAGUAAUACCCUGAAAAGGGGCCAAGUUUGCCUGGUCUUCUGAGUAUCCGUGGCUUUGGUUAAUCAGCCACAAAGCCCUUCGCCAUCGCCCAGGAAAAGCAAGAAUUGGCAAUGGCCAGAAAGGACUGGGACUGACGGCUGUUGGCCAUGGCACUGGCCUGCCCUUGCUUCAUUCUUACAAAGGAUGAAAUCCAAAUAGUCUGGGAAUAUGGUGGGAGAAGGAGCCAGAGAGGCUUAAGAGAUGAGAAAGCGGGUGCCAUCGUGGGAGAGGAUGGGGGAGACAGUGCCGAGGUUAGGUGGACUCGCCCAUCUGACCUCCCGGGAGGUGCGGCCCGUUGCGGCUCCCGCCCCGGGGGCCCCUCCUCGGUCUUGUCUUCCGACCCGGACUGCACCUGGCUCCCCCACUCGGGUCCUAGAGUCGGUGGGGCCCUCCUCUGCUCAGGGACAUCCUUGUGCUCAGCCCGCUUCUCGUUUGGAGUCCUGCCCGGAGCAGGCGUGGGUUCUGUAUCCUAAAGACUCAGGAGCAACUAUGGUUCCUUAAAUUUCUUGGUCCAAUAAGAGAAUCAUAGAACGAACUGGUGGAGGCUUUACAGAUCAGCUGGUGUGACCCAUU